CGCUGGAUGGAGGUGAUGUGAGUGGCAGCCGUGCCGUGACAUGAAGAUUCUGAUGGUUUAAGGCAAAGAGACCAGUUUGCAAAAGAGAGAGGCAAAGGGGGGAGCAGGAAAGGGAAGAGAGAGAAGAAAACAGCUGGAGAAAGGCAAAGGAGGACGUUUGUGGAUGACAGAAGGAUGGGUUUCCAUUUAAUUAAGCAGCUGAGAGGCAUGAGUGUGGUGUUAGUGCUGCUUCCUACCGUGCUGCUUGUGAUGCUCGCAGGGGCUCAGCGAGCUUGCCCCAAGAACUGCAGAUGUGAUGGCAAGAUCGUGUACUGCGAGUCCCAUGCGUUCAGAGACAUCCCUCAGAACAUUUCUGGAGGGUCUCAAGGCUUAUCCUUACGCUACAACAGCAUCCAGAAGCUGAAAUCAAAUCAGUUUGCGGGCCUCAAUCAGCUCAUAUGGCUUUAUCUUGACCAUAAUUACAUCAGCUCCGUGGAUGAGGAUGCGUUUCAGGGCAUCCGCAGGCUGAAGGAAUUAAUUCUGAGCUCCAACAAAAUCACCCAUCUGCACAACAAAACCUUCCACCCCGUCCCCAACCUCCGCAACCUGGACCUGUCCUACAACAAGCUGCAGGUGUUGCAGUCUGAGCAGUUCAAGGGCCUCCGGAAGCUCCUGAUCCUGCAUUUGAGGUCCAACUCACUGAAAACCGUUCCCAUCCGAGUGUUCCAGGACUGCCGGAACCUGGACUUCCUGGAUCUGGGCUACAACCGCCUGCGGAGCUUAUCCCGUAAUGCUUUCGCUGGCCUUUUGAAGUUGACAGAGCUCCACUUGGAGCACAACCAGUUUUCUAAGAUCAAUUUUGCCCACUUCCCACGCCUCUUCAACCUGCGCUCCAUUUACUUGCAGUGGAAUCGGAUCCGCUCUAUUAGCCAAGGGUUAACGUGGACUUGGAGUUCCUUGCACAACUUGGAUUUAUCAGGCAAUGACAUUACAGGGGUAGAGCCUGGGACCUUCCAGUGCCUCCCCAACCUGCAGAAGCUGAACCUGGAUUCCAACAAACUCACCAACAUCUCUCAGGAGACCAUCAAUACGUGGAUCUCGCUCAUCUCCAUCACUCUGUCCGGAAAUAUGUGGGAAUGUACUCGAAGCAUUUGCCCUCUGUUUACUUGGCUUAAGAAUUUCAAGGGAAAUAAGGAAAGCACUAUGAUAUGUGCAGGCCCUAAACAUAUCCAGGGUGAGAAAGUGAGCGAUGCUGUGGAAACAUAUAAUAUCUGUGCUGAAAUCCAGGUGGUGGUUACUGAAAGAUCAUACCAGCCACCCAAAACCCCCCAGAGACCAUUCUUCAUUCCCAAACCUACCGUUUCCAAACUGGAAAGCAACCAGCCAACAUCUAUUGUGCCAAGCCCUUCUGCAGAGCUCCCAACACCUGGAGUGGAACCGGAGUACGAGCACGUUUCCUUUCACAAGAUCAUUGCUGGGAGCGUAGCCCUCUUCCUUUCCGUGGCCAUGAUUUUGUUGGUUAUCUACGUGUCCUGGAAGCGUUAUCCAGCCAGCAUGAAACAGCUCCAGCAGCACACGCUUAUGAAGAGGCGCAGGAAAAAGGCCCGAGAGUCUGAAAGGCAAAUGAACUCCCCUUUACAGGAAUAUUACGUGGACUACAAGCCAACAAACUCUGAGACCAUGGAUGUAUCGGUUAAUGGAUCUGGGCCCUGCACGUAUACCAUCUCUGGCUCCAGGGAAUGUGAGGUUCCUCACCACAUGAAGACUUUACCCUACUACAGUUAUGACCAGCCGGUGAUCGGAUACUGCCAAGCUCAUAAGCCUCUCCAUGUAAAUAAGGGCUACGAUGCCAUGUCCCGGGAGCAGGCUGAGACAACCAACCUGGAACUCAGUCGAGACCACAGCUUCAUAGCUACAAUCGCACGUUCGGCUGCUCCAGCCAUUUACAUUGAGAGAAUACCAAACUAACAGUGGAGACAACCUCUUCAGGGGCAGAGUGGGAGUUCUUUUGAGGGGACUUUGCAUCUCAGAAGAGACCAGGGCGAGACACUCAAAUCUACCAUUCCAGUUACAACUGUUCCAACAGAGACAAAGGGAAGGGGCUAAAGCAACCUCCGCAGACUGUGCAAGUGUGACCUUGCAGGACCCACUGAGAACUUCAGGAUUUUCUUUGCUUUAAACUUUCAAACAAAUUCCUCAAUGUAAAUAUUAAAGAGAGAUUGUCAAGUUCUUAUUAAAACAGAGAAAAAAAAUAGAUUUCACUCUAGCUACAUAAAAAGGGAUGGAUUUAAGAGUUUUGUUUGUAUAUUUGAUUUUUCUACAUUGCACGGUUCCA